GUCGUUAGCUUAAAGCGGAAAAUAUUACAUUUUUUUCGUCUUUGAGCGAAAAUGGACAAUAUUUUAUCGUUGAAAGAAUCCGUAUUGGUCUAUUUAGACAGAAGUGGCGGUCUUAAAAAACUUGCCGAGGACUGCAAACCUGUCAACGACCCACAGCGAACCGAGGCAGUCUACAGGUUUUGUUUUAGUGUUAACCCCUCCGAUGUAAUAGAGGUGGAUCCUGUUCUGGGUGACUGUGUUCUUCAUGACCCCCUAAAAGCAACACGUUUGUUUCAGUCUGUGUGCUUCCUGGCCAUAAAGACACUUUCACUUAUUGAAAAGAUACAUACAGAGAGUCAGGUGAACGUAAUUCUCAAGUUGACACACCUGCCUCCGUUCUCCGAAUACACACUGAACCUUUGUAGUUUUCCUCGAGUGAAUGUCCCUAUGAGGCCGGUCUCCAUGGAGGGCUUGGUCAUUGCCAUGACGAGGGUCACCAAGUACACCCAGGGGGCGAGGUUCCUCUGUGUUAAUGAGGACUGCCCCUGUGCUGCAGGGUUCCACCACAUCCGAGUUCAUGCACCAGGAGCAACAGAGUCAGCUACUGUGAGAAACGACUUUAGCUGCACGAUGUGCAGUUCCCCACUGAAAGAGGAUGUAAAAUUCAGAGUUUUGGGAGAUAAACAGCUAGUGGAGCUGAUCCAUGUCAAAGCACUGGAUGUUCUUAGUGGCCAUCAGCAAAGCUCAGUCAGAUACCAGUCCGUCACUUUGUUUCUCAGAGAUGAGCUGUGUAACUCGAUGAGAAUCGGUCGGUUCUACCGGGUGUUGGGGAUUCCUGCGCAUGUGCACCAGUGGCCCAACAUUACCUGGGGUGUAGAGGCAAAUAACGUCCAACCGUGGGAGCCAGAGCAUCUGCACACAGUCAGUGCUGGCUUCCAGGAGCUGUUGAAGGGCACGGCCUCUUCUCCUUGGAGGUUCUCCUGUAUCGUAGCUCACUGCUUUGCACUGCACAUCGCUCCUCCUGGCUUGUACAACACACUGAAGUUGAGCUUGUUGCUCAGCUUGGUGCAGACCGGAGCAGAUGCAAAAGAGACCUUUCACAACUUGGAUCUCCUAGUUGCUGUCACUGACACUCUCAUACUCGACAGAUUAAUGGCAUACAGCUUGAGUUUGGCACGUCGUGGGGUCAGGCAUCAGGCCUCGGGGGAGCUGUUUGCAUCUCUGUCCCGUGACGAACACGGAGCAGGUACCGCGAACAUCCACGCUGGUUCUGCCCUGCUGGCCACAGGGGGUAUUUGUAUGUUGGGAGAUCUUGGCUGUUAUAAAAAGGACAAGCUGGAUGCCAUCCAGUCAGUCCUGGAGAGCCACACAGUGUCCAUGUUCAUCCCAGCAAAGAAGUACGGCGAGGAUGCCGACCAGCAGCUUUCCUUUCCAGUCCAAUGCAGCUUCUGGGCCUUUGCAGACUCCUCUUGUCGUUCCGGGAAGGACUGUUCUGUCCUAGGAGCAGCACAGGAAAUAGGCUCCAUACCGGUCCAGUUAGCAGACGCCUUUGGCCUCGUCAUUCAGUGCAGGGACAGGGUGGGAGAGCAGGCCCUGCUUGCCCAGACCGUCCACACCCUCCAGCAGGCAGUACAGUCCGGAAAACCCCACAACCCAAUCUGCUGGGAGUUUUCUACUCAAGACUACCAGAAGCUGAUAGCUCAUGCUCGGGGUUUGCAAGUGGAGCUCAGCCCUGCAGCGGAGAAAAUAAUCCACGGUUACUACAUGGCGAGCCGUAGAGUCCGAACACAGAGUCAGGGUGUCAAGAUGUCUGUAGCCUCUAUCAAACUACUGAUCUCAUUGGCCGAGGCCCACUGCAAGUUAUGUCUCAGAACUCGAAUGCUGGAGGAGGACGCUGUGAUCGCUGUUCUCCUUUGUGAAAAUUCCAUCACUCUCAAGCACGGAGCCUCUGCCCUCAUCAUUCCACCUGAUGCAGUGUUUCCUUGUGAUGUGGGAGACGUGGAUGGUUUGCACAGGAGAGACGCAACCCUGGAUGAGCUCCACCAGAACAUCUUACGCUUUAUCUACGCUUAUGCACCAGGAGCAGACAUGUACAUUACAGAGGAGUAAUACUCCUCCAAAGGUUCAGAAACACAGUGUUCGAGUCAAAUGGGCAAUAUACGUGGUGGCCAGUAUCAACACGUCGAGUUUGGACAGCUUGGUGUCCGGCGGCACCGACGGCAAAGUCCUCUGCAGUUCCAGAAACGCGUUCCUCAGGGUUUGCACCCGGCUCC